AGCAAGGCCAUGGCGCUUAAGCGCACCCAGGCGGAGAUCAAGGCGUUACGGUACCAGCGUCGCCAGCAGCUCAAACGCGCGAUUGCCAGCGCCUCGAUAGCUGGCUUCGCGCUCGAAAGCAGAGCCGCCAGCGAGAGAGCACCGCGAGCCCAUUGCUGAUGACGCGCGCGCAGUCGCUGGAGUCCUUGGGGAGCAGCCCGGCUGGCGUCACCCCGAUGGCCCUGCCGCUUGCCGCAGCCUUUGGGGGCAUGCUGCCGGUAGUCUCGGCCACAGCGAAAAACGAUUUGCCCUCGAGGUCUGCACGGAUUAUGGUGCCCCGCACGGCCCUGCGAUCUGUCAUCAGCGGGGAGCUCGAUCUGUGCACGCAGUGCGCGUCGACUGGCGACUCCCUGCUGCCGUGCAGUGGUUGUGGCGACAGGUACCACAGUUUUUGUGCGCCGCCACCGCUGUCGGCAUCCUGUCGCCUGCUGCUGUGCCCCUUGUGUCGUGUGUGCUCGAGCUGCAUGGAUGACCGGCUUGCGGACGAUCUGCUGCAGUGCGACGACUGCGGCCUUUUGAUGCACGCGCAAUGCAGCAGCCAGGAGACCGAGCACCCGGAGGGCCUCUCUGGCCUGGUUUCUGAGAGCGGUGGUCGCUGGGUCUGCGACAAGUGCGUGCAUUGCCUCGAGUGCGACUUCAAGAUGACAACGACGAGCUCGGACUCUGACGAGCUUUUUCAGGAGCGGCGGCGGUGGAACUACGACUACACGCUGUGCGGCAGCUGUGCCCCGCAAAUCGAAAAGGCCAAGGUGUGUCCGCAGUGCGUGGCCACGUACUCCAACUGCAAGAUGGGCACCAACAUGGUGUGCUGCGAUAUCUGCGCUUUUUGGAUCCACACGGACUGCGAUCCAGGGCUGACCCCCGAUGUCUACGACGCGCUGAUCACCCUCGAAGACGACGCGCCAUAUGUGUGUCCGACGUGCGCGGCCAUGGCUGACGGGGGACACUCCCGUGAGCUGCUCGGCGACCCGGCCACCAGGCUGCCGCGCUGCCUGCUGACGGCCAGCCCUGAGACCAGAGCACAGACUAACAGGCUUAAAUCCUGCUUUGAUGUAAAAACUGCGGCAAAGACUGAGACUGAGGUCGCCAAUAUGCUUCUGAGCUUGACUCAUUCUGACGUGCGCUUUGGCCGCGACUGCUUUGACACCGAGGCCCUGGAAACGCGAUUUUGUACGGCGGCUCAGGACUGGCGUCAAUGUGCCCUCUGUGCGCUGCAUGGCGACGGGACCCAUAAGCAGAAGCCGUCACUCGGCCGGCUCAUUCCGUUGGGCUCGUCCUCCGAUGAGGAGGCCAGUUGUCACUGGGUGCAUGUCGAGUGCCUGGCCUGGGCCUGGGGCCCGCGCUCUGUUUCGCUUAGCGACCAGAGCAGCCUGACAAUGGUUCGCUUCGAGGGUGUUCUGCUAGAUACCGACAAUGGGACGGAGCUGGCAUGUACAUUGUGCGCUCGUCCGGGGGCUUCCUUCCAUUGCUGCGCCCCGGUGCCGUGCCCCGAUGCCGCCUACCAUUUGCCCUGCCUUUUGCUUGCCGGGAGCCCGUCUCUGUGUGCGCACGAAGAGGAACCGCAGUACUGUGCUGGAUGGCGCCGUGCCUUGUGCCCCUCCCAUGCGCCGAUAUUUUCGGCAAUGAUGCCUGCUGACGGAACCGUCGAGUGUGUAUCUUACGACAGUGUGCGUGUCGAAGGGUGUCUUACUAAUUUAAAUCCUGGAUUGCCUCCUGCCUCGCAAUUCAUGACUAAAGUCGGCGGCACUGUGAUGCUGGAUUGUGGCAACUCUGGGCUCCGCUGCUUGCGGUAUUUCGAGCUGGCUGGAGCCCGGUAUACCCUUGGACUAGCUGUUAAUGAGGAUGAGUUGCCAGGCCAGAUAUGGCAGGGAUGGGUUAUAGAGGGCAUGCCUGUGGAUUUUGAUAAUACUAGGUUCCCUGAUGCCACGCAUUGGUCUGCGACUAUGUCUGCGCUGUUGACACAAUUAUUGGCCACUAUUCGUUUGUCGCACCCAGCUUUGUCUUUUAUCACAGCUGUUGCGUCAGCUUAUCCGCACAAAUUUGUGAACGUUCCGGUUACUACCUGCGCUGCUGAUGGCGGUAGAGUUGCGGAUGGUGCUAAUGAGGUUACUGACAUACUGUCACCUUCCUGCACAGUUGAUGUGGCCACCUGUCCUGCCAAUUCCAUAUUAUAAGACAUUAUUUUUCUUGUUUUUUAUUGUAUGUGUUAAAGGAAAAUAAUAUAUUUAUAUUUUAAACAAUAAUAGA